AUGGUGGCAGAAUACCUGAGCUCUGUGACAGACCCACAGCUCAGGAGGUCCUGGACCAGGUACAGGCUCAGUGCUGGCCAUCGAGAGAGGCCGGCACAGACAGACCUGGACCCCCCGAGAAGACAAACUGUGCCCCCACUGCACACAGGGUCAGGAGGACAGACCGGGACCAGGACCUCCGGGAACCUCCCGGCUUCCAGACUCAGAGCAAUCUGGCAUCAUGUUGACAGCACAGAUCAACGCAUCUACUAUGACGACAAGACAAUGACGUUGGACAGCUUCAAGCAUCGAACGAGACUGCUGGGAGACCUGGGGAAAAACAACUGCACCUUAGAACUGACUGAAGUGAAAAACCAUGACAACGGGCCUUUCUGUUUCCGCAUUGAACUUGUGAGAAGAGAAGACAAUAAGCCCACCAAGGACAAGUUUUCCUUUUAUGAGGAAUGCAUCAGCUUGAACAUGCUUACUGUUCCUACUGUUCCGACCCUGACCCACUCAAAGACAGCACAUAAAGGACGCUCCUUCACCAUCACCUGCACCGUCGCCCACACCUGCCCGUCACGGGCGCCCAAAAUCACAUGGAAUCUGGAGAACCCACAAGUCACCGUGCAUCAUAAAGACAUCCGCUACGGCAACUGGGAGGUCCAGUCCAUCCUGACAAUCAUCCCCGAGGAGGAGGACGACCACCGGGAGAUCACCUGCUCAGCCCAGUUUAAUGGAGGGCGAAAUUCCUCCCAAACCAUGACGCUCUAUGUGAAACGUGCAGUGACCUACAACCACAUCAUCAUUCCCACCGUGGUGGUGAUCGGCACCGCUGUGGCCUUUGGACUAAUCUGCGUUUUAAUGGCCAGAAAAUACAAGCAAUGUAUUUCAGAGCUUCAGAAUCAGGAAGGCAGAACAAAAUGCUGGGAUCGGGUUUGA